GAUCCAUUUUCUUGUUUGUUUUUGUGUUUGCUUUAAUUUCUGCAUUAACUAUGAUGUGAGCACUUCGCAUCGCAAUUGAUAAGGUAUUCUCAAUUGAUUUAUCGCGAUAAAUAAAGGGUUAAAUUAUGAAAGUAUAACUACCGGAAAUAGAGACCUGAAGCUCGUCAACAAGCCAAUCUUCCGAAGGCAGAAUGGCGUAGGUCCGAACUCCGUGUGCGCUCGCGUGGGAGGAAUCCCGUCUCCCCUGAUAAGGCUCCUGGGCGUCUACCAUGACGCCAUCCCCAUGCUGGUGCACGGCGUCGUACCUGCGAGAGCGGCGGCCCUCUGUUUACCUUUGCCGGAGACCCUCAGUACAGAACUUCAGGAACACGCCCAGCCAAGGAGGACUGACAGUGGGUACGAAAAGGUUCUGGGAGUGAUGUGCUGCCAGGGCUCGGUGUGGUGGGAAUACUGGAGCCUGUUAAGGGUUUUUGCUCUUGAGCCCGAACAAGGAUUCUGUUGCAGUAGCCGUGGCAGAAUGUGACGACGGUCUCGGCAAGAGUCAGAGGGCGGAAUCUGGAGAUAUUUUCAAGAUAGAAAAAGGCAGUGUAGAGUCUAUGAAGACAGGUUUUGGUCUUUGGUGGAUGAAGAGCUGGAUUGGUCUCUCUACUCUCUUUCAAUCUCGAAGAGGCUAGAAAACAGCCUUUGUUCAGGCUUUCCUCCUUCGAGGGAGUUUUUCCCUUGGAUCUGUCGACAGGUGCAUGCUCAUGUCUUCACCUUCUCGAAGCAAAAAGUGCCUUUCGAUCUAAUAUAAAUAAAAUCGACUUGGAGCUCUCUCAAAAGUGGAAUUUUAUGGCAUUUUUGUGAGCCCAGAGGUCCGCCACUUACGGCAUAGAAGGUUUUAGGGCUAAAUUAUUUUUGUCCUUGCAUGAUAAAGAUGUUAAUAAAUUACUACAACUCUUGACUGUAACGAAGAAAAAAAACAUUUUGGUUGUCGCCUGUCAGCGGUUUCCGGGCUUUUUUUUCUCGUAAAGUAAUAAAACGGCAUAUUUGCUUGAUACAAACACGUCAGUUUAAUCAUUAACAGUAGGACAGAAAAGGCUUCAUGUUGCGCGUUGUUCUGUAGUCCAGCAAGCGCUUCACCAUGAGCACCUUCGCGCACAUCCUCAAGGAGAUCGGCGGCUUCGGCUUGUUCCAGAAGCGCUUGGUGGCGGCCUUGUGCGUCCCCAGCAUCUUCAUCGCCUUCGACGUCAUCGGUCAGGUCUUCACGGGCCUCGACUUCCCAAACUACUGCAACACCGACUGGAUCCUGGAGCGAGCGGACGCUAACCUGACCCGGGAGAGGCAAAAGGAGCUCACCGUCCCCGUCAGCCCGGAUGGAAGCUACCAGAGCUGCGUCAUGUACACGCCGGUGGACGCCGACCUGGAGACCAUCGAGCUGUACGGGUUGAACUCAACCACCGGCUGUGUCAAUGGAUCCGAGUUUGAGAUGCCAACUCGGGCGUCCAGCAUUGUGACAGAGUUUAAUCUGGUGUGUGACAGAAGAACUUUAAUUGAGGCGUCUCAGUCGAUUUACAUGGCUGGACUUCUGAUUGGAGCCUUGGUCUUGGGCCCCAUGGCGGACAGGUUUGGUCGCCGCUUUGUGGUCUUGCUCGCCACACUUCUUCUCCUCCUGUUCGGCGUCAGCGCCGCAUUCUCUCCCAACGUCUACGUUUACAUUGUUCUCAAGUUCCUGUGCGGCGUGUCCGUGGCAGGGAUCCUCACCAACACGUUCGUGAUAGGUGGCGAGUGGUGCAAGUCGUCCAAGUUUGCUUUCUGCAGCAUCAUCAAUCACACUUUUUACGCCAUCGGUCUCAUGCUGCUGUCCGGUCUUGCCUAUUUGAUCCGGGACUGGAGGGUCCUCCAACUGACCCUCUACAGCCCUCUCGCUCUCGUCCUUGCCGCGCUUUACUGGAUUCUCCCAGAAUCGGCCCGCUGGCUCCUUUCUCAGGGCAAGAAGGAAGAGGCGGUGAAGGAGAUAUGCCGAGCGGCAAAAGUCAACGGGAGGGAAGUGUCGCAAGAUCUGCUGGACAAGAUGGACGUGGAUGUGACGCCCAAUCGAGGGAGCAUGUUGGACAUCUUCAGAAUAUCAUAUCUGAGGAAACGGGCGCUCAUCAUGGGCUACGUCUGGUUCGGGAUCAGCAUCAUGUACUACGGCCUGAGCCUGAACGUGGGCAACUUCGGACUGAACAUCUACCUGACGCAGUUCAUCUUUGGCCUGGUGGAGGUCCCCGCCCGUCUGGGUUCUUUGCCGCUCAUCGAGCGCUUCGGGAGGCGCCGGAGCGAGGCCGUCUUGUUAAUGUUCGGAGGGGUCGCCUGCCUCGCCAUCAUUCCCGUGCCCAAAGACCUCCCCAUCGUUGUGACGGUCAUCGCCGUCCUUGGGAAAUUUGCAUCCACUGCCUGCUUCAACAUCGUCUACGUUUACACGGCGGAACUGUACCCCACCACACUCAGGCAGAGCGGCGUAGGGCUGAACUCCAUGAGCGCUCGCGUGGCCGGCAUCCUGUCCCCCCUGAUACGGCUCCUGGGGGUCUACCACGACGCCAUCCCCAUGCUGGUGUACGGGCUCGUACCUGCAAGCGCGGCGGGCCUCUGUUUACUGCUGCCGGAGACGCUCAACGCAGAACUUCAGGAACAUGCCGAGCCGAGGACUGAGAGUGGGUACGAAGAGGUUGGAGAAAAACAAGGCAAAAGCACACCGUUAUAAUUUAUACGGACGAUUACAGGUGCUUGCUCUGUCGUCGUGGCAACAGGAACUCCUCAACGCAAAGGAUUUUGUUGAUACGCUUUGUUACAAUGCUUGUAAUUUGUAUUUUUUUUAAACAUUUUUUGGGUGGUAAACAGAGCCCCACACGUGACAUUUUUCUGAAAUUUCAGGAUGAACCAUAAAUGUACUUUACAGGUGAGAACACCAAGUUGCACAAAAUUAAGAUAAGAUUAGGUUAAAAUUUUUCCCACACGCUUUCAACCCUGCGGUUUGUGUGGUGAUGCGGCUAAUUUGUGCAUUUUUUUCCAGCGGGCGCGAGGGGGCACUCGAGCGGAAAAGGGAAGAGUGAGACCGGUGGAUUAUGCGGGACGAGGAAGUGACUUUUAGCUGUUAGCGCUGUGCUAGCGUGUUACUGCUGUGUGUCAGUGAUUUUUACCGGUAUGUUUACUUUUUAAUCGGCCUGUUCGCGCGGCAUUAGCGCAGCGGCGCGAGCGUUGAACUCUGUGGACAGUCUUUCUUUGUAAAUAUCUCAUGUUUCAAUGUGGGCAUUUGCGGCUUUUACACAGCUGCGGCGUAUGAUAUUUCCUUUACAAAUAUGUACUGGGUGAGGCUUAUAACCAGGUGCGCUCUGUAGGCCGAGAAUUAGGGUAAUUUAUGGUUUUGAUAUCAUACCGGCGAACAACUUAGACAUCUGGUUAAGCAAAAAAAAAAAAAAAGACUACAGCUUCACGACAACAAAAUGUCCUUUUUCUUUAACAUUUCUUCAAAUGGUUCUGAUUUGCUUGCCCAACAGUGUAGGAGGAAUAUUUGCAAUAUUAAUUGAAUGCAUUCAUUAUACCACAUCAGUGCCAGAAAUUAUUAGUUUGUGAGCAUAUAUCAGUAUUGUGGCCUAUGUCAUGUUUAGGGCUCGCUCGGUAGAUAUAUAUGAUAUUUGUCAUGCGUAUUUGUUAUAUACUUGUUUUUACCAUUUAAUUGCUUAUAUGGAAAUAUUAAGGUCUCCGCCUACUCAUCAAGUGCGAAAUUAACAACCGGGAAAAUCUUUCGUUACCUUGCCGGUUUAUUAAAAUGUGAGCAAAUCCAUUUGUGUUUCCCAUAGUUAUGUAACGGUGGAACUAAUUGACAUCAUAACUGGCUUUGGUUUUUAGGGGUGUCUUAACCUUCUCAACGUAUAAAGUGCCUUGACAUAAUUGUGAAUUGGCCCAAUAUCAAUAAAACUGCCUUGAAGCAAAGUCCUUUGAAUGAGAACGUGAGAUUUUAGGGCCAAAUGGAUUUUGUCCUUGCAUGAUAAAGAUGUUAAUAAAUAACUAGUUUCCGACUAAAAUGAAAAAAAUAACCAUUUUGGUUGGCGGUCUGUCAGCUGUUUUUCUGACUUUUCGUAGUACAGGAGAUUUGCUUCAAAAGUACACGUCGGUUUAAUCAUUGACAGCGGCAGGGAACACCGCUUUAUAUCACGCGGUGUUCCGCAGUCCG